AUGGAAGUAGUCAAGUGGGAAAUUGGAGAAGAUUCGCCGGAGACGACGAUGCAACCGAACCGGGCAGUUUGUACCAGAAUAUUCGCUGGACCUAUGCGACGAGAUGAAGCAACGAUGGCGGAGCCAGAACUGCCGCUGGUACGAUGCCCACUGCAAAAUAAGCCAAACAUUUUGAACGGUUAUGAGCAUUCGUUGUACCUCAAGAACGGACAGUCGGAGAUGAAGAUCGUGGGUGAUCCCAGCGCGUCGGAGUGCGAAACGAUUGAAAUAGAGCUCACUCUGAAAUCGGCAAAGAAGAAGGCAGACUGA